AUGUGUCAAUACCGGUACUAUUACUACGGCGGAUGCCAACACCAGGAGACUCUCCUGUACAGCUUCUGCGCCGCUGCCGCCGAUGCGCCGUCUCGCCCACCACGUGCAGGCACCACGGACGACGCACCUUCUACUCCUCCGCAAGCAGGGACCAUGGAUCAGAGGUCGCCUGGGACUUCAUCCCCAUCCCCAUCCUCGAACUCAUCAGUACCAACCAGUUUGACAUCCUUGACAUCGCUUCCAGAGCCGCGACCAGACAUCACAUCCAUCUUCCAGCAUUCGUCCGAAUUGCACCACCUGUCUAAGCUCUCGCCUACACGGCAACCGGACCACACCAUGUCCUCGCUGGCGGCCUUCUCCACGUCGAACCUUGGCGGAAUGCUCACCGGCAAGCACAGGAAUACCGCUGCCCAAGCGAAUACGACCGCAAGCCACGAGGCACGCCGCACAGAGGAGGAACGCCAUACGCCGGUCGGUCAUCCCCGCCAUGAGCAGUCUGGGAGCAUGCAACGCAGCGAUGGAAGUUGGGAACUUUUGACAAGUACCGACGGCUCCGGAAAUGCCAAUACCGACAUAUGGGAGGAGCCACUCAAGACCAAUGAUGGCUCACAUACCCAGCAUCAUUCCGCAAGCGAGACAGUCAGCAUGUACGAAUCGCUAUCUUCCGAGAUCGAGAUGUUGCACAAUGAGGUGAACUUGUUGAAGCAAGCCGACCUCAAAUUCGAGAUGCAGAAGAAGCUGUCCAAGUCUCCAUACACUCGAACCAAGAAGAAACCCUCCCCUUCAGUGUCGCCCCGAGACAGUGACAGUGUUCGGAGCAAGAUUCCCGCACCAGUUCAGAAAUCGCCCGCUGGUCCUUUGCUGCACGUGCAGGAAAACGAGCAGCCCAGCGCAUCUCCUGUGAGUCCGAGUCGCGUCCAUGAACAUGGGAGCAAAACCUCUGGAAAGGUGAUCCACCGCAUCAAAGAAGGCCACAACCCGCCACACACCGCUAUCAAUGAUGCCGCAAUCAUCCGAGCUGUACCCGGGAGCGCCUUGAACCACGGAGUGGGCGACCAGCAGAGCACACCGUGCUCACCUACCAGCCCAAGCGCGGAGCCGUCGAAAGGCUCUCCCCACUUCGCACAGCCUACAGUUGCCGCUGUGAUCCGUCGUGAGACAGUGCGCAGAGACUCUGCACUGUCCUUGGGCAAAACCACCCCUGACGGUUCGCCCACGAUGUCGGCUCGCACUACCGUACCGCGCCAUCCUAGGCGUGCAGCUCUUCCAGGAGGGUGGACCAAUCCCACCGACCACCAGAGUGCUACGAAGCCCACCGUAGAUUCACUCCAUGCAGCAGUGGUGCCCGAAGAGCCCAUCGAGCAGUUCGACCCGGGGCAGGAGAUCGCUCCAGCACAUGCCAAACAGGAGCCGCCUCUUCGUAAGAAGACCAGUUCUUCAUACAUGAGUCCAACGAAAGCGACAACACUUCGCACCAUUGCAACGAUUGGCCAAGAGAACACCAAACAAAUCUCACCACGCCUAUCGCAUACUCAGCCCAUACCACAGAUCGACACCACGAUGACUCCCGCCAAAAGUUUGACGUCUGCUGAGUCAAACAUGUCCGACUCCGGAUCUGAGAAAAUCAUCACAGAGAUGAGCUCCAAAUCUCCAUUCGCCUGGACCGGUGCAAGAAAGCCAUCGAGAUAUGUGUCGCCAGGACGAAGAAGUCCAGCUGGUGUCAUACCAGCGGACCUGCGCCGAAGAAUGACGGUGGGCGUGUCGGUUGCAGAUGUGCUUGCCGAGCAUGCCAGAUCGUCCGCCUUGCCAAUGAUCAAGAACACUACCAAAAAGCGUCGCGAAUCGACGGGAGAUCUGCUGAAUCCAAUCAGAGCACGGCUCAAUAAGCUUGGCCUUUUGUCUGGCAGUGUUCCCGAAGGUAAAGCAGCAAGCCCAACUCUUGCUUCUACAACGACGAAAUCAUCUCAUAGCCAUCUUCCAACGGGGCCACGGCAGUUAAUGGAGUCGCCCAAAGCCUUCGCGGAGAGCAAGCCUGCUUUUGAGCCUCCGCACCGUCGGCUCUUGGCUGCUAAGAAUGCCGCAGCGWUGAGUGCAGCGCCCGCACCCAGCCCCUUGGGUCGCGAUACAUUUCAAGCCACAGCACCGUCGCUACGUGCGACGGCAACCGAGUUCACGCCAAUGACCAAGUCGCCAAUGUCGAGGCCUGUCGUUACGCCCUCUUCGUUUACCACCCCUGCCAGCAUGGUACAUGAUUGGGAAAGUGCACUGAUGUUUCGCGAUGCGGAGGCGUGGGCCGCCUGUUCGCCAGACGACAAGAGGCUGAUCCAGGCAGCUCGCCACUACCAGAGGACCGGCGGUAUGGUGCCAUAUGGCAGGGUCGCGAGUCAGAAGCAUUGGCAGAACGUCAUGAUGCAGCACAUUGCAGCACAGACGGGACCAACAAUGUCUUAUGCAGACGUUUAUGGCACCGGUAUCAUCGCCGGCCAGAAACUCAAGCCGUAUCAAAUUUCGGCAAUGGAUGGCUUGCAUUGGACUGUACAGGGAAUGAACGGUGGAGAAGAACCAGAUUUCUUUGACAACGGCUCUCCAUCUCCAAAUCAUACGCCGAGGGCAUACGACAGCUCGCCACGCCGGAAUCCCAUGUGCUCGCCCAACUCAUGGACUAUUGGCGCCGAUUGCAACAACCGAAACACUUUCGGCUGGACCGGUGGCGCGGGCCGCGAGAUCAAGUUUGUUGGCUAUGGCCCUGAUGCAGAGCGGAAUCCUAACACUCCGGUGAGCUUCAACUUUCGGGGCGGCAACAGCAGAUCCUGCAGUAGCAAUCGCAACGAAAUUGGACCUCGCAUGAUUGGGGAAGAAGGCUAUGAUGGAUUGCCGCAGCCGCCUCUCGCUCCGAGAUCAAAGGCACAGUGGGCAAAAUUGAAGGAGUAUAAGAAGGUCCCGUGUAGUGAGAUGGAGAUUACCCAUGCUGUCGAGCUACUCCCUGUACCUGGACAGGCGCCACUUGCUGGCUACUGCAACGAGUGUGCUUUUGGCAGUCAGUAA